AUGUCUUAUCUAUUAAAACGUAUGCGAGAUGAACGAAAUUCAAAAGUUACUAAUGAAUCAUCUGCACAUGUUAUUCAACCACAAUCAAUACCACAUGAACAUAUAAUUCAUGAACAAAAACCAUUACUCAAAAAUAUUAUUGCAUUGAAAGAUACGCACAAACAGCGACAACAAACAAUUAUAAAUACACCGAUUCAUAAACGUAACAAACCAUCACAAUUUCAUUUCGAUCGAUUGAAACAGAAGAAUAAUAUCCUUGUCAUAGAUCCAUUCAACAAACAAUCUUAUAUAAGACGACGAAAACCAUUUAAAAGAUUUUUCAGACAAGAAGAUAAUGACAGACAACAAUUUAAUAAUGCUGCUUAUUGUGUUGCCUAUUGUACAAUUAUUAUUAUCGGUAAGAAAAUAAAAGGUAUAACAAUGGGUGGUUGGAUUGGUGGUCUUUUCGAAUUAAUUUCUAGUGGUCAUAAUGGUUGUAAUAAUGAACAUCGUGGUCAUUUGAAAUGUCGAGCCAAAUAUACAUCUUUAAAUGUGACUACUCAUUGUAUAAAUAUAUUCUAUAAAAAUUCAAUUCUACAUAAUUAUCCAUUUAUUUGUCUAUGUCGUUUUCUUAAUAAUUCUCAAGGAAAAUAUCGUGAUUGUGAAUUUCUUCAUGCAAACAUACAAUAUAUUUAA